CCAGAGAAGAGUGUUUAGUUCCAGUUGUAGUUAGCUCUUGAAUAGAUACCCAAGGUAAACGAAGUUCCAUAUGAAAAUGAAAGUAUUUCUGCUGAUAUUAUUGUUGAUAAGUAUAAUCGCGACAGCAUUUUCGGGAAGCAUCAAUCGAGAUAUGUGUAGUCAACCCGCACAAGCUGGACGUUGUUUCGCAUACAUGGAAAGAUAUCACUAUAAAUCCGACAUCAACGAAUGCAUGAAAUUCAUUUAUGGUGGUUGCGGUGGGAAUAAUAAUAAUUUCAUGACCAGAGAAGCGUGUGAAGUAGCCUGUAAAGUGUAAAACUUCCAUUUGAUUUGCUUUUAUUUCUGUACUAAACAAAAUGUAAAUAAAGGCCUUUUUGAGUAGUGA